UCUCAACUCACAACAAUAAAAUUCUUGUAUCACGUUUUAGGUGCGUAUGUACAUCAGAUGACCAUCGACGGCAUUGGUUACUAAAAAAAUUAAUUGACUUGCUAUAUUGAACUUGAAUUGGUGUGACCCUUUUAGCGAAAAGUGCUACAAAUUGUCCAGUAAAGCCAAAUCUUCAAAGCAAAUCCAUGCCUUUCAGGUAUACUUAAAGAAUGGAUUAACUCGGAACUCGGUAGUGACAAUGGAUUUCAUUCAAACUUUCAAUUUGGAUGAACAACUAAAUGAUCCUUUGGAUGUUCACCAUUCCUCAUGUUUUUAUUGUAACGGAUACUACGGACCGAACUUUGGGGAGCCAGUGUGUGCUACGUGCCACGAGUUUUUAUUUUCUGAAGAUUUAGAACUUUUUCAAAGAACUGUGAGAUGGCCGGGUUCGUGGUUUGGCGAGAAAGAUGAUGGUGAUUCCGGAAAUGAUGAACCGUCAGAAGAAGCUGCUGGACCUUCGAAUCGAGCUGCCAACAACGUAGGUGGCGGUGAUCCAUAUCAAGCUGCCAGUCCCCCACUUUCACCUGCAGAAGAAGACGAGGAAAUGGAACUGGCAGUUGCAGAUCCUGUUCUUCUUGAACCUCCUGAGCCCGGCCAACAAAAUCCGGAUUCUGAUGAACCCAUGGCGUUUGUUCAAAUGCGUCAUUUUUUUCCUGGAAUUCGUGUCUCAUCACGACUUUCACCACCUUCUCGCCCACAAGAUAGACUUAACAACCAAAUAGAUCGCCUUACCUUACCGAGACCUUUGUAUGAAACUAUUCCAACCUCCGAAGACAUGUCCCUGAGAAUACCACCAGAAAUUUGGGCAGUAAUUUUUAGAAAAUUGGACGACAUCUCAUUAUUGCUUGCUUCUAAAGUGAGUAGAAAAUGGAAAGCAAUUGUGCUGGAUCAAAACCCUAAUUCAAAAUGGAAAGAAUAUGUUGAGCUCAGGUGGCCAUUGUUCCAUCCAAUUUAUAUUGUAACAGACUGGUAUGCUGUUUACUGUGACUUCAUCGAUAGUGUUCCGUGCAAGUUGUGUUUCAUCAAUCUGGCACUACAUCUUCCCUUUGAUGAUUUUCAACCUGUCCGAAGUCUUCGAUCUGUCCGCCUGCAUAAAGAAUUAAAGUGGCUUCGCGUUGAUCAUCCUGAGGGAAUCGAAGCUAUUCCCCUUGAUGAGUUAAAUUACAACUGGCUCGCACGAAUAAGUGGACCUCCCCAAAGCCCGUAUCAAGGAGCAGUAUUCUACUUGAAUCUAAAAGUGCCUCAUGACUACCCUUUAAAACCUCCUGUUGUCAGAUUUCUAACAAGAAUUCUGCAUCCUAAUGUCUCUCGCCACGGGGAUAUAGGAAUAGACUGUAUUCUUCACAAUUGGACCUUAGCCUUGACAAUACCACAGAUCCUUCUCUCCGUGCAAAGCUUACUUACAGAUCCAUAUCUCCCAACAAACAUGGAGCCAGAAAUUGCCAAUUUAUAUUCUAAUGAUAGACCCACCUUUGAUAAAAUUGCCCGAAUUUAUGCGUGGAAAUAUGCAAUGCAUGAUGUGUUGGUUCAUUGACUUGAACCGGAUUUGCAUAAUAUGUAUGCAAUACAAAACUUAUGCACUGCUACCUGCACACAUUAUCAUGUUUGUAUCCUCAUUGUAUACUUUGUUCAUUUUUGGUGCAUACAUCUUGCGAUUAAUAAAGCAAUUAAAAUAAAUCUA